AUGGCAGAUGCCAAUGUGGUUUUGACAGGUUCUACCGGACACCUUGGCACGUACAUCUUGGAUGCCCUUCUCGCAGACGCGAAAGUGCAGUCAAUUCACUGUCUGAACCGAUCAGCAAAUGCUCAGUCUCGGCAAGAGGCCCAGUUGAAAAACCGUGGACUUCGAUCUCUUGAACGGUCCGGCACAGCUACUGUCUCCUUCUACACUACUGAUCUCACCAAACCCCGUCUGGGGCUGUCAGAUGAAGUGUAUGAUGCACUAGGUGCCAACACAACACAUUACAUCCACUGCGCCUGGCCCGUGGACUUCAACAAAUCUUUCACCACUUUCGCGCCGAGUAUCAACGGUCUACUCAACCUAAUCGACCUGGCACUGACUACGCCUCGCCGACCGCUCUUCCUGUUUCUAUCAUCCAUCAGCGCAAUUGGGAAUUGGGGGGCUGUACCCGGCGCUCGCCUACAAGUACCCGAAGAGGAAAUCGACGACUGGAAAGUGGCUCGGUUUGGUUACGGUCAGUCGAAAUUGGUAGCGGAACGGCUUCUUGCCGACGCCUCUCGCGUCACUGGUCUGAAAACUGCUAUUUGCCGCAUUGGGCAAGUUUGCGGACCAAUCGAACACGGAGAACAGGGUUGCUGGCCUCAUCAAGAAUGGUUUCCCAGUCUCAUUGCAUCUGCCAAACAUCUCAACGCCAUCCCCAACUCCUUAGGUGCACUCGACUCGAUUGAUUGGCUUCCUGCUGAUCGAGUCGGGCUGAUGGUCGCCGAGCUACUGUUUAGCGGACAUGACUCAAGCGACGUCGCAUACCAUCAUCUGGUAAACCCUACUCCUUCUUCAUGGACUACUCUUCUGCCAUAUGUCAAGAUUGGCCUACAGCAGCCAGAUAUUCAGGUUAUGAGCUUAGUAGCGUGGGUAGAUAUGCUGAAGCGGAGCAACUGGGAUCCUAUUCAAAAUCCGGCUGUGAAGUUGUUGCCGUUCUUCCAUGAUCUGCGAGACAAAGCCAUCCUCGUUCCGGAUGCGCGAGCUGUCACACUUGAAGUCAAGGCCACUGUUCGAAGGUCUACUUUUCUCAAAGAAACAAAAUCGGUUCAGCCCGAAUGGAUGACAUUGUGGUUUAAGCAGUGGAAGUUUUGA